GGGCAGAGCGCCCGCAGGCUCCCUCCCGGCUCGGGAAGCGGCGAAGCAAAUCCCGAGGAUGAGCGCUCCACAGAGAGAUCAGUGCUUGCCCAACCAACAUUUGUCUUUGAAAAGAAGGACCAUCCUUUGAAGCGGCCUGCAGAAGACCCAGUUUGCAAAGCUGAAAAUGAUUUCAUUAGUUGCUUCAGAAAACGUACAAGGUCAUCAUCUUUUGCUCUCCAGAAGUCUGACUCACAGUCCAACACAGAUACAGCAGUCUCUCAGAAAAGAGGAAGAUCGUGUUCCUUUACUAUCCUUCCUACCUUUCCCCCCUCCCAGGCAGUAAAGAUGAAUAACAUAUUCAUGACCUCAGCUCUUCUUCGAAGGAAGACUAACACCAAAACUACAAAAGAAGGAUGCUUGUCACAAAGUCGGUUGCGGAAUGUCAUUAGACCUGCCAUUUUACAGCCGCCGCAAACCUUCACGUGUCCUGAAAAUCCAAUAACAUCUCUAGUGACUAAGAAAAGAGCACAUGUUCAGUUAUCUGAAAACAGCUCUUAUUUCUCAGCUGAGAAUUCAUUAAGUUUGAAGACAGUGGCAAGGUCAUCUAUUACGAUGAAUCUCUCUAGUCCUAAAACAGCACGAACUCAGCAGGCUGAAGACAGAAGUAUAGUAAACAGCAGCAAUUCUGACUUCGUGUUUGGAGAAAACAUGAUUGAGAGAGUUUUGAGUCCUGAAAAGCAUCCUAAGACAUGUAAUGGAGCUGAUUCAUACAAAGGAGAAGUAACAUCCGUGUACAUGGAAUCUUUUCAUCCACAAACAGGAAUAGCUUUCAUGAAGAAUGCAACACUAACUGAAUCAGCUGCUGCUUGUAUUUCCAAGCCCGUGGAGAAAAUUAUGUUAGAUAAAGUUGAAAUCAUAACUGGAGAAGAAGCAGAGCACAAUGUAUUACAGAUCAACUGCAAGCUCUUUGUAUUUAACAAGCUUUCUUUAACCUGGAUUGAAAGAGGCAGAGGAUCCCUGAGGCUAAAUGACACUUCUAGCAAUAAACUUGGAAUGUUGCAAUCAAGGCUAAUUAUGCGAAAUCAAGGCAGUUUGAGACUGAUUCUCAACAGCAGACUCUGGGAUCAAAUGGUGAUAAAAAGAGCAAAUAGAAAGAGUCUGUGCUUCACUGCAACAGACCAAGACCACUCUGUUCAAGUAUUUCUAAUACAGGCAAGUUCAAAAGAUGCUGGAUACCUGUAUGCAGCAAUACAUCACCGCCUUGUGGCAUUGCGAAGCUUUACUGAGCAAGAAUCAGAUGCUAAUCAAGUAGACACAGAAUCAGAAAUAGCUUUUCAUCCAUUAAACUGUGAUAGUGAUGAUGAAGAUGAUGAAAAAGUAACUCAAGCAAGCAGCAGUGGAUCUGAUCAUUCUAGAUGGAACCGCAGGCAGCCUGUAGUCUGCUCAUGACAGCUACCAGAGGUUACAACAGUGCAGCUGGGAGCUCAUCUUCCUGAAAUCUCUAAGCUGGUUCAUCAGUCCCUGAAGAGAGGAAAUCAGAUAUUUUACUUCAUGACUUUCAAGCAAAAGUUAAUUUUAGGACAGCUUAAGUUUAACACAUUGGAAAAGAACCUAAGAUGCACUUUAAGGAUUCCAGUUAGCAUGCUUUGCACUGAGAUGAGACUGACAGGAUGGUUUCCAGUAUUCAAGAAAUGUUACAAAGGCUUUGGGUUAUAGAGUUAAAUAUAUUUAUAGGCAUUAUUAAAGUAAGGAAUUUAAAACUGAAUCAAUGUUCAUUCAUCAUAUUGAUGGAUAAAGUGAUAUAACCAUGAAUAAUAGUAUACCUGAAUAUAUAUUUGUUUUUUUGAUCUGUUAUUUAAAACAUACAUUUUGAAGACUUUAAAUUGGGCUUCACUGAACACAUUUAAAAUUGUGUGGCAGCAUUCAUCAGUACACAUAAGAACUGUCAAUGGCAGUUUAGCAUGAACAAGGUCUGUAGUAACAAGCCUUCAUAAUCAAGCAAGUUUUUUAUUGUGAAAAUAUAUGGAGGUGUAGACUCCAGGUAUGAAAUUUUGUUAAAGGGCAAAGAACCAAGAUCUGCUUUUACACCCUCAAGCUGCAAGAGAAUUUAGCAUUAAGAACUGAAAGCUAGAAGUUCUAUGGAGCAUUUGAGCUUUAAAAUCUAAAAGUGUAUCCGUUUGCACUCAUGAACACCUUCUUUGCUUGCACAAAACAAGCACUUGCACUGUUAAUUGUCCAUUUGAUAUAUACAAAUAAGUGCACAUAUGAUAUGACUGGAGAGCUCCAUAAAAAUUUCUUAAAUACGUGAAAGAUUACUUCAGAUCUUUUUUUAAUUGUCAAUAUCCCUAAACAGCAUCAUCUCUUGUAACAAGGCGAAGCUGUUACGUGCCCUAAUAUGUGCAAUAAUACCAACAGUGCCAAAGACCCAAUCAAUUUGUAAAAGUAAUUCCACAAGCUACUGUUCAUUGUGUAAUCAUUCCUAUGAAGAAUUAGAAAAAUCAAUUCUCCUCAGUGAUACCUGUGAGCUAACAAAGUAUCAGAUCCUUCAUAACCCCAUGCACAAUACAGAGACACCAUUUAAUGCUCUUCACUUUAAGAAAAUGUCUGUUUUCAUUCUCCUGCAACCCUCCGCUACUUUUUAUAUUGUUGGUUACCAAAUACUAUUUUCUUGUCAUUCUCAGAGAUGAAAAAAUAUUCUAGAAUAUCUGAAGAUUUCUUCAUUAAGGUAGCUGUAAUAAUUUCUGAACCUUAAAAGCCAGGCUUGAAGAGUAAAAUCAAAAUUUAGUUUUCCCAUCUGAACAUAUAUAUAAAGUUGGAAGAAUUCCAGAUUCCUUCUGAAUUUUCAAUGGCCUGCCAAAAUUAGCAUCUGGAUUAUGCUGAAUCUUAAACAGCCUGCCUAAACUAGCACUUGUCUGACAUUGAUUUAGCAUCCAGAUGACAGUGAGCCUAAGUGGGUCUGGGGUUUUGCCUACAGGAAAAAGGAAGUGUUUCACAAGAGAACAUCUGUCUCAAAUACUUAAGCUGGUAUACAGCACUGGGAUGCUGUGACUCUUCAGUUUACUGAUAUUCAAAUAGCCAUGAUAACAAAAAUGUACUUUCCAUGACUAGCUGUACAUAGUGUCCUUUCCUAUCAGUCUCACUCCUGAUGACCACAGCUAUGUUUGUAUCACUGACCUCCAUAUUUCAUUGCAGCAACUCAGACUUGGGAACAAAACUCUAUGUUAUAAAAACUUCCAACAGUUGUAAAACACGGCAGCCCUAUGUAUUUAGCAACAGGUCAUGGUGAGAACUUUGCCCUGGACCUCAGCUGGUUAUGCCCUGAAUGCAGAGUUUGAUUUCAAAGUCUGCCCUGAUAAUCAAAGCCCAUGAAAACGGGCCCAAGUGUCUGAGAGACUGUCAUGGUAUCCCACUACAGCUGUAAAAUCCUUGCCAAAUGAAGGAGUUUCAGAGAAGAGACAGAGCUUUGGCAGAUGCAAGACCUAAACUUCGGAAUUUGCUAUCACAACAUAUGUAACGAGGCUUAUGCUCAUCAGAAAAAACAAAAACUUUGAGUUGACUUUUCCCAAGAUCACUAUAUAUACAUGCAAAAAAAAUGUUUAUGUACACAUACACAUUUAAAAAUGAAGCUGUAUCUCCCAAAAGCUGAGGAGGAAAAGAGAUGUUUAACUAUUUUAAUUAUUUUGACGAGUUUGGAUACUGUGGUAAUAGAGGCCAUAUAAAUACAUAGAUGUGCAGACAUAUUUAUGUUACAAAUUUUUACUCUUGAAAUUCUAAUAUUUAUUCUAUUUAGUCUCAUUGCACUAAAAAUCAUUGUUUUCAAAACUGAAGGUGUGCUAAUACGUAAUAUAUUAAGUUGGUUUUGCUAAUGUAAAGUUUGUCAUUUUAUGACAGCCACAGCAACAAAGCAUUACUGUGUCCCCAAAAUAAACCAUUUUCCCAUGCC